AUGUCCGCCGCGGCUCCCACUACCGGUUCUCCCAAGAUCGACGCUGUCGUCGAGAAGGUGGCUCCUGCCGCCCCUCAGAUGAGCAGCUUCCAGCUCUACUCCAGAUUCGCCUUCGCUGGUGCUGUCUGCUGCUCCGUCACUCACGGAGCCCUCACCCCUGUCGAUGUCGUCAAGACCAGAAUCCAACUUGACCCUGUCACCUACAACCGUGGUAUGAUCGGUGGCUUCAGACAGGUCAUUGCCAACGAGGGUGCUGGCGCUCUCCUCACUGGUUUCGGUCCUACUGCCGCUGGUUACUUCCUUCAGGGUGCUUUCAAGUUCGGUGGUUAUGAGUUCUUCAAGCAGCAGUGCAUCAACCAGCUCGGUUACGAGACUGCUUCCAACAACAGAACCGCUGUCUACCUCGCUUCCUCCGCUGCCGCCGAGUUCUUCGCUGAUAUCGCCCUUUGCCCUCUUGAGGCCACUCGUAUUCGUCUCGUUUCUGAGCCUACCUUCGCUAGCGGUCUCAUGAGCGGCUUUGGCAAGAUCCUCAAGAACGAGGGUAUCGGCGCUUUCUACUCUGGUUUCGGUCCUAUCCUCUUCAAGCAGAUCCCCUACACCAUGGCCAAGUUCGUCGUCUUCGAGAAGGUUGUUGAGUCUGUUUACCGCAAGGUCGACAAGAACAGCGUUUCCGAUGGUGCUAAGACUGGUAUCAACCUUGGCUCUGGUCUCAUUGCCGGUUUCGCUGCCGCCCUUGUUUCUCAGCCCGCCGACACCAUGCUCAGUGUGAUCAACAAGACUCAGGGCGCUCCUGGUGAGAGCACUGUCUCCCGUCUCGUCAAGAUCGCCAAGGACCUUGGUAUCCGUGGCAGCUACGCUGGUAUUGGUACUCGUCUUUUCAUGGUUGGUUCCAUCACUGCCGGUCAGUUCGCCAUCUAUGGUGACAUCAAGCGUGUCCUCGGUGCCACCGGUGGUGUCGAGAUUGGCAAAUAA